GUAUCUGAAUAUUUGGAAGGCCCAAGAGCUUUACUAUCUCCGAAUGCAAAGGAGCAAAGAAAAGAUGGCAGAGCAGAACCAGUGUAAGAAAAGGCUGAGAGUGUGUGUGGCAACAUGCAACAGAGCGGACUACUCCAAGCUUGCCCCCAUCAUGUGUGGGAUCAAAUCUCACCCUGAUGACUUUGAGCUAGAAGUUGUGGUGCUUGGCUCACAUCUCAUUGAUGACUAUGGGAACACGUUUCGUAUGAUCGAGCAGGAUGAUUUUGAUAUUGGCUCCAAGCUGCACACCAUAGUGAGAGGAGAGGAUGAGGCAGCCAUGGUGGAAAGCGUUGGGCUGGCACUGGUGAAACUCCCUGACGUCCUUCAGAGGCUGCACCCUGACAUUUUGAUUAUCCACGGUGAUCGUUUUGACGCGCUGGCUCUUGCAACUGCUGCAGCACUUAUGAACAUUAGAAUAUUUCACGUAGAGGGAGGAGAGGUGAGUGGUACGAUUGAUGACUCAAUCCGUCACGCCAUCAGCAAACUGGCUCAUUUCCACGCCUGCUGCACACGCAGGGCAGAGCAGCACCUCAUUGCAAUGUGUGAGGACCACUCCCGCAUCUUGCUGGCUGGCUGCCCUUCAUAUGAUAAACUGCUGUCAAGUAAUCACAAAGACGACUACAUGGACAUUAUUAGAAGCUGGCUGGGCGCUGAGGUGCAGGAUCACGAUUAUAUUGUGGCUUUGCAGCACCCAGUCACUACAGACAUCCAGCACUCCAUUAAGAUCUAUGCACUAAUGCUGGAUGCGCUGCUCUCCUUCAACAAAAAGACCCUCAUCCUCUUUCCCAACAUUGAUGCUGGAAGUAAGGAGAUGGUGCGUGUGAUGCGUAGGAAGGGCAUCGAGCAGCACCCCAACUUCCGAGCGGUGAAGCACAUUCCCUUUGAACAGUUCAUCCAGAUGGUCUCCCAUGCUGGCUGCAUGAUUGGAAACAGCAGCUGUGGAGUGCGAGAGGCUGGGGCCUUCGGCACCCCCGUCAUUAACCUUGGAACAAGGCAAAUAGGCAGAGAGACAGGUGAAAAUGUUCUACAUGUCAGAGAUGCAGACACUCACAAUAAGAUCUACCAUGCUCUGGAGCUGCAGUUUGGAAAGAGAUACCCCUGGUAUGACCAAUGUACUGCCUGUCUUGGCCUUUAUCGGCGACUUUGUCCUGUGAAUUUUCUCUUUAAAGUUGUAACUCUGUGCGUAGGUAUUGGAGGAGGGAUUAUCCAUCACAACGAGCUGGUCCACGGCAGUACCUUCUGCGCUGCAGAGCUGGGUCACAUCAUUGUUUCAUUAGAAGGCCCAGAGUGUUCGUGUGGCAGUCAUGGAUGCAUAGAGGCCUACGCAUCUGGCAUGGCCCUGCAGAGAGAGGCUAAAAGGCUGCACGAUGAGGACCUGCUGAAGGUGGAGGGGAUGGAUGUGAAGCUCUCAGACCCAGUCACUGCCGCCCACCUCAUCAGUGCAGCCAGACAAGGGAACUCCAAAGCUGACGCUGUUCUGAACAAGGCCUCCACAGCUCUCGGUUUGGGCAUCAUCAACAUCCUCCACAUAGUCAAUCCCUCGCUGGUGAUCCUGUCUGGAGUCUUGGCCUCUUAUUACCAGGCCCCAGUGCAACGCAUCAUCACUGAUAGAGCCCUCGACUCUGUCCGGAGCAUCAAGGUUGUCACUUCAGACUUGGAGGAACCUGCAUUACUCGGAGCCGCUAGCAUGGUGUUAGACUAUUCAACGAGGAGGACAUAUUGAAGGAUAUUGUCCUGAUUUCCUAAUACAAGGAUUGUUAUCUACAAGAAGACUGCCAAUCUGAAAGUGAAUUAGUACCUACAGUAUACUGUCCAGAUUUAUACGCAAGCAUAUCGUUGGGAUACAUUCUGAAGG